AUGGACCGGCCGCUGCAUCACAUCACGCGGGACGAGGUUCCGACCGUGGACCUCGACGAAGCGCGGACGUCGCGGUCCUGGGAGUGGGUCCUUCUCGCGGCGGCGAAGGAGCCGGAGCUGCCGCUGCAGGUGCUGGACACGGCCUUCGUCCACCAUGGCGAGGUCACAGCGUGGUACUUUACGGCAAAGGACGGCCUGCUUUUGCGCAAGUCGGCCAAACACUUGACGUUGGCGCUCUUUGCCCAAGCUUGUGUCAAGAUUGCUUUGGCGUACGAGAAGAACGUCGCUGCGCACGCCGCUGUCGUGUGGCGUGAUGGCGUGGUCGACUGCCAGUUGCUCUCGACCAACGACUUGGCUGUUACGCUUGAAGGGCUCCCGAAAGGCUCGCUCGUCAUCCACGCGUACGUGCAACCGAAAGGCGACGUGCACCCGGCGCGCUUUGCCACGUACGAGUACGACCACAGCCUCACCAAGACAGGCAAGGCGCAAGCCAAAUGCACGCGGUUCGCACUCGGUGCGCAGCGCAUCGUCUCCAAGGACGCCAGCCUCAAUGCGGCCAUGGGCAGUGCGACCAUGACACUACUGGGUGCGGUCGAGAAGCAUCGCAAGUGCCGCGUGGUUGCUGCAACGCUGUAUUUUGUCGUUGACGACGCCGGGUACCUCUUCCUCGUAAAGACGGCGACGUGCAUGACGACGCCGCUGGCUCAAUCCAAGCCAAAGAAGGCCGAAGCGCAAAGCAGCAGCGCGAUUUUGGGGACGACCCAGCGCAUGCUACUGCGCGCGCAGCUCGAUGAUCUCAACGCGCCCGACGAGGCCGCUGUUCAGGCCAUUCUGCACCCGACGUCCAAGAAAGCAACACUCAAGCAAGGCCGGCUCGCGUCUUUGCCCAAGCAGACGUCGUCGACGAUGCGUGCGUCAUCGCCAAUCAACAACAACCACAUCGCAGGUGGGAAGCUCCUCUCACGCAUGGAACGCCGCGCCAUCUCGGCCGCGAACCUGGGGUCGAGCCAAAAGAAAGGGUGCGUCGGAGACUUUUGCCACAUCGUGGUUGACCCCGCCGCGCGCAUCCAGCGCGGGUCGACGCCGAGCCUACUUGGUUUUCCCAAAGGCAACAAGAGCCUUGCGGCGCGCGCUGCAAAGUACGAGAAGAAGGCGCAGACGUUUAUGGAGAGCCUCGAGGCGGCGGGGGCGUCCAAGAUGGAGUCUGGUGACAGCGACAUUUGGGCCUCGCUGACAACGCCCAACGUCGCACCCGAUUCCAAGCCGCACACGAUCCCGUUCAAGUACAUUGCGCAAACGCGCGUCGAGAAGGACCACGUCGACCACUACAUUCGGCGCUAUGUCAACGGCGACGACGUCGAGUACAUUGGCGAGCUCUACGAUGACGGCGGCGACGGUGAGCCCCUCGGCACGGUCUUCCCGGGGUACUACUACCAAGACGUCGACGUGUGUGCCAACUGUUUUGCCCUGUACACGCUCAUCGAGGAGGCACGCGUCAAAGCCAAGAGCCGCGCGGCUGCCAAAACGAAGCGCAAGCGGGCGCGGAUUCCGGAAAACAUGACGUCCAAAGCCCCACCAGCGCUGGCGGUGGCCGCUUGGGAAGCGGCGUGGGCCGACGCGGUGAGUGUCGCCAGCUCCAUCUCGCUCUUUGAGAUUGCCGAGCUGCGAAGUUUUGCGCACCCGCCACCCGCGAUUGCGAUGGUGGCGUCGGUGCUGCUGAUUCUGCUCCUCAAGCAGCCCAACAUCUCGCUCGUCUCGGAUCUCAACGACGAUGGCCAUGACGUACAUCGAUACUGGAGUCUGCUCAAGCGAGAGCUCGCGCAUAGCGAUAAGCUUCACGCGCGGCUGCUUCACGUGCACGUGUCCGACUUCUCCGCCGACCAAGUCCGGCGUGCGCAGCGGUACACGGCCAACCCGCUCUAUCGUGCCGAUGUCAUCGAGCCCAUCUGGAAAGGCGCGGCAAAGCUCUGCACCUGGACUCUGGAGGCGUUGCGUGCGUAUCAUUUAUGGCAGCCCACCAAAGCGACCUGCAGCCUCCAACCACCUCUCGAGGCGCCGCCACCGACCGUCGACACGAAUGGCACGCUGCGCGCGCUCACACAAAACAAGCAGAUGGCGCGACUGGCCGGUGCGCGACUCGAGCCUGAAGCCGACCCCAACCGGCAGCACGAGUUUACGUGCGACGACGGUGUGACUACGAUCAUGUACCAGGUCCUCGGUCUCGGCUCUGUCGCGCUCUCGAAAGCCAACCUUGUUGUGUGGCCGGACUUUUUCGAUACGCUCGAAGCCACCCGCGUCUUUCUGCGGUCCGUUCUCGCCGCGCACCCGGGCUGCCAAAUGCUCGUCUUCAACUUGCCGGGUCAAGCCAACACCAAAUGCAACGAGUCGGCGCUCACGAAUCUCUUUGUGACGCGCUGCGUGCACGAGCUCCUCACGUCGCUGAACGCGUCGGGGAUGUUUUCGACGUCGGUGCCCUUUCACCUCGUGGGCUUUGGCCACGGAGGCCACCUCGCGGCCUGCUUUGCGAUUCAGUUUGGCGCCAUGUACGCGCCGCGGUUGCAGAGCGUCGCGCUCAUCAACGGGUUUGCGGCCAUCGACACGCAGCUCGCGGGCAUCUUGCACGGCGCCGUGAACCUCUUUCAGUGCCUUCCGCACACGCGACCGGACUUGCCCGUGUCGUACUUCAGCAAAUUCCUCUUUUGCGCCGAGUACCUCCAGCGCGUGGACCCAAACCUAGCGCUAAGCAUCUACACGGCGGUGACGAACCCGAUUUCGCUCGAAGGCCGGCUGCGCAUCUGCAAAGGCGCCCUACAUAACGUCGAUUUGACGACCCAGCUCAGCGUCAUUAGCGUCCCGAUCGUGGUCGUUCAGUCGGUCGAGAACGCGCUCGUGGCCCCGACCAACGUCGAUCCGUUUCUACAAGGCCGGUCCUGUGUGCAUGUGUGGUCGCACCAACAAGGCAAGAAUGGAGAGCUCAACGACCGCGGGCGCCAGCUGCUUGUGCAGGCGCUGAGCGCGCCGGAGAAGAGCGCCUUUGUCACGUGGCUUCGCGCUGGACAUGAAGUGCGGCAAGAAGCAAAGCACUACAUUUGCGAUCUCUUAGAAGUCCUCGUCAAUUGGCCAGCCAGUCGCCCAGAGGUGCCGGCCGAUGUGGCAUUCGUCGCGUCGUCUGCGGCGGCAGAAGUGCUCUCUGCACCACGUUCGGUCUCGCCGCUGCCAGAACAAACGACCGAGUCGUCCCCAGAGAAGCCCAAUGCAAGGCGAACGCUGUUUCGAGGUCCGUCGCUGCAAAGUAUGCCGACUAUCGCGCCGCCGCCACUGGUGCCGCUGCAGGUGACGGCGGCCGAAGUACUUGCGAGCGAGCAUGACACGACUUUAUACUACGAAAACGAGGCCAACGCCGCCAAGCAGCGCCUCGACGAACAGAUCAAGCUUGCAGAGCUCAACGCACAGCGCCGACGCGAGCAAGAGAAGGCAGAGACGGAGGCGCGCCUUGCUGCACUGCGGUUGGAGCAAGACCGUCGGCGCAAGCAGUGGGAAGACGAGGACAACGCGCGGCUGGCGGCGCUCGACGCAGAGCUCCAAGCCCGGCAUGGCGCUCGAAGCCAAGUGCGCGAUGCAGUUCAAGACGCUCUCUGGGCCGCCGAUGUGCAGGUCGCCGAGUCACUCGAAGCCACGGGGUCGCCGAUUCCGUCGGUGUCGAUCCCAGACGACCUUGUGGUCGACGUCGCGCCAGGGGCGCCAAGCCGUCGACUGGAGCUGCGAGAGACGCUCCUCGCAGCGCACGAGGUGCCGGUUAUCACGAGCCUCUUCGACGAGCUCGAAGCCGAGGAAGAGAAGAACCGAAAGCUCGGGCUCCUCAAAGUCGAAGAGUACGCCCACGUGCAGCAGCAAAUGGCACUGGCACAAGCCGAACGGCAAAAACAAGCGGACCACGAGCGCACGCAGGCGCUGCUUGUUUUGCAUGUAGCCAAGGCCAUUACGAUCCAGACGUAUGUCCGCCGGUUCUUGGCGCAGUGCACUUUGCGGCACUUGCGCGACGAGCACCAAAGACGGCUGCGGCGGGCGCGCGCCGGGGCUGAGAUCGUUCGUGUCGCCCGUGGCGGCCUCUCGCGCAUGCGCACGCGCGCGUACAAGGCGAGGAAGCUCGAGUUGGAGCAAUAUCUUGCGAGCACGCAGCUCGUCCAGCGCUGGUAUCGCGGAGAACGAGCGCGCAAAGUCUACGUGACCAAACGUCGGCUCAAGUACGCGGGGUUGUUGCAGCGCGCGUACCGUGGACACCUCGGGCGACGCAAGGCCAAGGCCAUUCGAGACUCACAGGCGUACGUGCGCAUGCUUCACGCCAAAGCGACAAAGCUCCAAGCUACGUACAAAAUGUACCGGGAAAAGGCGAAAUUUCUGCGCGUUCGCGUUCGGACGCUGGCGGCCAACGAACUGCAGCGCGUCUUCCGCGGGUAUCUCGCCCGGAAGCGCGUCGCCCGCAUGCACGAGUGGGACCGGGCCGAGCCAGGUCCGGAGAAGCUCAGCCUCGGCCUCCAGCGCAUCGAGGCGUCCAAAGUCGAGUUUGAGCGCCAACAAAAAGAAAUCGACGCGCUGCACCGAGCGCAAGCGUCAGCCGAGCGCAAGGUCUCCGAGAUCCACGCCAGUCUGACGGAUGCGCAGAAGGAGCUCUCGGUCUUGGAACGGGAGCUGCAGGAAAUCGACCAGAUCGAGACGGACCUGCACGAGCUGACCCACGAAGCCGAGAUGCUCAAGGCCCGGGGCGGUGUUGAACACGCCGACCGCCAAGGACUGGGCAACGGCAUCGUGUUGAACGACCCGUCGUCCAACGGCGGGUUUGAGACGAAGGAGGAGGCGCGGCAGCGCAUGGCAGACGCCUACGCCCUCGAGAUGGCGAUCCACAUCAAGCGCAACGAGCGCGAGAAGAAGAAGAAGGAGCUCGAGGCAGAGUUUACGAGCGUCUUCCACGAUGUGCAACUCAAGAAGCAGGCGCUCGAAGAGAUGGAGGCCAAGCUCAGCGACAUGGAGGCGACGCGACUGCGGAAGGACCGCGAGUUUGCGCGCAUGCAGCGCAACCUCAUGGAGCUUCUCGAAGAGCAAAAGUACGAGCUCGACAUGAUCCGCGAGAAAGGCAUCGAGCUCGAGACGGCGACGGCCACAUCGGCCGCCGCUGCCGCCGCCACGGCCAUGAAGGCCAAGGAGCACGAGAAGAAAUCCCAAGCCAUCUUCGAGUCGACGGAAGAGCUCAUGAAGUUUCAGUUUAUGUCCAUGUCGCUUUCGUACUUUAGCUCGCUCAACAUGCUCAAGAGUCUCCGCGACAUCAACGCCGACACGACGGCCGCGGCCAUCUCGAGCACGGCCGAGACAGCAGCGACCGCCGCGGCAGCAGCGGCGGCCGCCAACAUUCCCACGAUGCAGCGGCUUCAAAUCGGCAGCAACGAGCUCAUGGACGCUGCGUCCAAAAAGAAAAAGCUCGAGCUCCUUGAGCGCACGAAGCGCGAAGAUGAAGCCAAAGCCGCCCUGCAGCAGCCAUUUCCGAACGCGAUGCGCGACUGGUCUAUCGACGACGUCCAGCGUUGGCUCGAGGUAUUAUCUCUCUCACAGUACAAGCAAGCGUUCCGGGAAGGCGCGGUCGACGGCGCGCUCCUCCUCGAGCUGCGUCCGGAAGACCUCUCGGACAUCCUCGGCGUCACCCACAAGGCGCAUCUGCUCAAGAUCCUCGUGUCGCGGAAGAAGUACUUGCCAUUGAGCCAGCAAGACAAGGUCAAGGUCGAUGUCGUCGAGAAGGAAGACGCGGCCGCCAAGACGCGAAAAGGUGUCCCUAGCGCCGACACGGUGUUCAGCCAGGCGCGCAACGGCCGCUUGAAGCGCCUCAUGGAGAGCGUCGAGGCCGGCUUCGACAUCAAUGUCGAAGACGAGAAGGGCAACACGCUGCUAUUGAUUGCGGCGCAGAACGUCAACCAAAAGAUGGUCGAAUUCCUUGUGCUGCGGGGCGCCAACAUCAACCACAAGAACGCGCAAGGCAACACGGCGCUGCACUUUGCCAUGGCGUACGACAAGGACGGCGUCCUCGGCGAGUACCUCAUCGGGCACGGCGCCGACGACACGAUUGAGAACGCAUUUGGCCUCUCGCCCUACGACGGUCUCUCUGCCGACUAG